GCUGCAGCAUGAUGUAACCAGCGGCAUGGAUGCUCAAACCAACCCGUCACCGGACUACAAGCAGCUCUGCUGAUACAAGCUUCCUGCUGGUUUGCAAGGCAGCUCAUCUUAACACUGACAUGAAUGUCAGUUCUCCUAAUAUGAACUGCUCCAAUACCAGUGAGAUAAUAGACUACCAGCACCAUUUGUAUGCCGUGGUGUACAGUGUGAUCUUAGCACCGGGCCUGCUGGGUAACGUGCUGGCGCUGUGGGUGUUCAGGGCCUACAUCAGAGAGACCAAGAAGGCCGUGGUGUUCAUGAUGAACCUGGCUGUGGCCGACCUACUGCAGGUGCUCUCUUUGCCUCUGCGGAUCUAUUACUACCUGAAUAACUCCUGGCCCUUUGGGUAUUUCUUCUGCAUGUUCUGCUUCUAUCUCAAGUACGUCAACAUGUAUACCUCCAUCUACUUCCUGGUUUUCGUCAGCAUACGUCGCUGUGAGCUCAUCAUGCGUCCGCUGUUGUACAACUCGGGUCGACAAAAAGGAGACGUGUUAAUAUGUGGGAUCAUCUGGCUGAUCAUCUGUACCGUCUGCCUCGGAUUCCCUCUGCUCAGACACGAUCCUUCCUUGCCCGAAAGGAACGACACAAAUAAGUGUUUCACGGAGCUGCCUCUGCGGAAGGAUAUCGGUCCUUCGGCAAUGUGGGCCCUCUUGAUUUUACUAGAGCUGUUCGGCUUCUUCGUCCCUCUCGUUUUGGUGCUAGGCUGCACGUGCAUGACUAUUUGGAGCCUGCGGGAAAAUACAGCAAAUGCUAUUUCUGACAGAGGGGAGAAAAAGAGAGCGCUGAGGAUGAUACUAAGCUGUGCUGUAGUCUUCUUAGUGUGCUUUGUACCAUACCACGCCACGAUGCCUCUCGACCUUAUGGUCAAAGCUAAGAAAGUUACCAGCUGUGACUUUCAGAAACUGGUUCUUCGAAGUCACCCGGUCACACUCUGCCUGGCCAGCCUGAACUGCAGCCUGGACCCUAUCAUGUACUAUUUCACUACUGAUGAAUUCUGGAGGCGACUGAGCAAGCCAGAGAUACCGGAGAGCAUACAUCUCAGCCGGCGUCUGUCCUGUAUAACCGGAGAACAGGACGAAGAGGAGGACUAAACUGCUGGUGGCAACAGCCUCCCCGCAACCACUGAGACUGAAGACUAUGCAAACUUCAACUUCCUGCAAACUAUGGAAAUAACAUUUAUGCUGAAACGGGAAUGUGAAAAUAUGGAAGUAGAGUUUUAAAAUGUUAUUUUUUUAAACCUAUUUAUUUCUCAAUAAAUGUUUUUUUCCCCCUUC